GCGCAUCGUGCAGGGGCCUGGCUUUGGCGUGCUCAGCAUCUAACCCCCAGCGAGGCCACCUUGAUAUCAGCAGCCACACUAACUCUGCAGCCUCCCACACCUGCCAGAGCGCCCGUGUCUCCACUGCAACCCGCUUAUAUGCCCGAAUCCAUUCCACUGAGGAAGACACACCGGCCCGGCACCCACCAGCACCCUUCGCCCGACUCCCACGACGCGGAUAGCGAACCGCUGCACGUUUCGGCCCUGAGCUCCAGGCAGCUGAGUAGGGACUCGAGCCCGUUCUCUGAGAUUCCGCAUCCGCGCCACACGAAGCGGAAUAGCGUUGCGUUCAAGGAGCCCGAGAGUGCGUCCGACGACGACAUCGAGUUCUCCGACUGGGAUGAGCACGAUAGUAACGGCCGCCUCGACUCCGCCACCAACAUGCCGUCAGACCUGAGGCCUGACUUUGACCGCGAGCGAGACGGGCGCUCGUUGUCCCCGCUGCUGGGGCACAAGACUGCGGACGAGGGCACAGAGACUAGGCCCGGGAUUAGCAGGAGGAGCACGCAUACCUUCCAUGAGCGGGACCCGGAGAGCCAGGCGCGGUACGAGACAAGGAGGAAGUACACGUAUGCGGCUAUCUUUUUGGCGUUGAGCUUGGUGAGCUUUACGGUGCAGACGGAGACGGCCGUGUAUAUUCAGCAUGAGCUGAAGUGGGAGAAGCCGUAUUGUAUGCUAUACAUGACCCACGGCUCCUGGGUCCUUCUCUGGCCCACCCAACUCGUCCUCCUCCGCCUCCAGAAAUGGAACCAGCCCUGGUCCACCUUCUGGCGCCGACACGUCCAGCUGCUCCGCCAAACGGCUCUCAUGGUCCAGCACCAGACGCUCCACCCCUCCGUCCGCCAAUCCCAGGUCUCGCCUGUCCGGUACAUGCUCAAGAUGACGGCAUUCAUAACGUGCGCUCUCACCGUAGCUGGAGGAAGUUGGUACGUCGCGGUCAAUUUGACGACGGCCAGCGACUUGACCGCAAUCUACAACUGCUCCGCCUUCUUCGCAUACGCAUUCAGCAUCCCGCUCCUCCACGAAAGAGUCCGCAUCAGCAAAGUAGUCGCCGUCGCUAUCGCCAUCAUGGGCGUCUUCGUCGUCGCCUACGGCGACAAAGCGCCCGCAAAGCACGGCUCGAAAUCCGGGGGCGGAGCAGGCGGCGAGAAAGCGCCGCCAUCCCACGAAGCAGAGAACCGAGCGCUGGGUAACCUCGUCAUUGGCGUCGGGAGCGUGCUGUACGGCUUCUACGAGGUGCUGUACAAGAAACUGGCUUGUCCGCCCGAGGGCUGUGCGCCGGGCCGCGGCAUGAUCUUUGCGAAUACGUUUGGGAGUUUGAUUGGGGGUUUUACGAUCUGUGUGCUGUGGAUCCCGCUGCCGAUUAUGCAUUAUAUGGGGUGGGAGCUUUUUGAGCUGCCAAAGGGAGAGCAGGCGUGGAUGAUGGCGAUUUCCGUCCUCGCCAAUGCGACCUUCUCCGGCUCCUUCCUCGUCCUCAUCUCACUCACCUCGCCCGUCCUGUCCUCUGUCGCCGCGCUCCUUACCAUCUUCAUCGUCGCCAUUGUCGACCAGCUCCUUCCUCCUCCGCUGAACUCGCCGCUCACACCCGCUGCUAUCGUCGGCGGCCUGCUCAUCAUCGGUGCCUUCGGCCUGUUAAGUUGGGCGACGUACUGGGAAAUGGAUGAAGAGCGGCGGAAGAAACUCGAGGAGAGCGGCAGCGAUAUCGACGACUAACUCUCUGUCUUCCAUGCAGUUUCCUUUUCAAGUCCGGAUACACAUAUACAAGGAGCUUAGAGGCUCUAACUGGGCUGGAUGGGAUGUACAAGAUGUGCCUUUAGACGGGUGGGUGGAUGUGCUGCCUAAGCCUGCGCCAUGUUGGCUGGGGCUUUCUACUGCCCGGCAGCGCUGGGUGUCCCCUUUCACUUUUGUUUACACCAGCAUCGCUAACUAGGUAUACGGGUGGGUAUAUGUGCAGCCAUAGUCGCGCACAAUUGGGCGGUUGUUUCAACAUGCGUAUGUAUGCAUUCAUAGACGGUGUUUUGGGCUUGGAUACUCGAAGCUUUGGCUUUGAUUCGGAGUACGAUAUUUAACUCGGCUGUUGCGGGUUCGCUUCUACAGACCUUGACGACAAUGGGGAACCGGUGAUGGGCAAUGUUUUUUUGAUGAAUGAAUCAUGAUAGUAUCCCGCGCGACAGUGCGAUUUAUCUUCCC